CUCCAAGUUUGCAGCUGGACCGGUGAGCACGGGGUUCCGCAGUUUCGCGCUUCUUUUUUUCUGUUCGUACGAUCGCCAUCGUCGAUCGAGUCAUCAUCUAGUUAGCCAGGGCCCAAAUAAGGCACAUCGCGUGUUGAUAGCCAAAACUGGGUGUUUCACUUAUUCAUCGUUCCAGGUCAAAGGCUCGUGACCAUUGUCCCCCCAUUCGGUUCAAGAUGGGUUUCUUGGCGAAAAUUGUGUUUGUGGUGAUAUCCCUCACAUCUGCCGUGGUGUUUAAGCAAUACCGUGAAAUGACUGCCCCACAACCAGUACCGGAACUCAACCUCAAACAGUACUGGGGCCCCGGCGAUGUGAAGCAGUACAAAGAGGACACCAGCAUUAAACCGUUCAAGGUGUCGUACGAUGCACCGGUGAUCGAGAAGCUGCGCGCAAAGUUGAACGAUGUGCCCACCCUAACGCCACCACUGGAAGGAGUCGCGUUCGAGUAUGGCUUCAACACCAACCGGCUGAAGGAGAUCCUCAAGUAUUGGCGCACCACCUACCUGGGCAAGUGGGGCGAGCGGGAGCAGUUCUUGAACAAAUUCCCCCACUUCAAGACACAGAUUCAAGGCCUCAACAUCCACUACAUCCACGUGAAGCCGAAAGUUCCGGCCGGAACCAAGGUUCUACCGCUGCUCCUGCUGCACGGAUGGCCCGGUUCGGUGCGCGAGUUCUACGACAUCAUCCCUCUGCUUACCAGCAAGUCGAACGAUAAGGACUUUGUGUUUGAAGUCAUCGUGCCGAGCCUGCCCGGGUACGGGUGGUCGCAGGGCAGCGCCAAAAAGGGUCUCAGCCCGUCGGAGGUGGCAAUCGUGAUGAAGAAUCUGAUGAGCCGCGUUGGGUUCGAAAAGUUCUACAUCCAGGGCGGAGAUUGGGGUGCACUAAUUGGCAACUAUAUUGCCACCUACUUCCAGAGCAAUGUGCUGGGCGUUCAUCUCAACAUGUGCUCCAUCAUGACCCCACUAGCGUACCCGAAACUGUUCCUGGCUGCGCUCCGUCCUUCGCUGUUCGUUGAGGAGCAGUACAUAGAGUACUAUUUCCCACUCGGUAAAAAAUUCUCCAACCUUAUCGAAGAAUCCGGCUACAUGCAUCUUCAGGCAACGAAACCCGAUACCAUCGGCUCGGUACUGCAAGGAAAUCCGAUCGGGUUGGCAGCUUACAUCCUGGAAAAGUUCUCCACCUGGACCAAUCCAGCCUAUCGCAAUUUGGCGGACGGUGGGCUCGAAAAGUACUUCACGCUUGACGCGCUGCUGGACAAUGUGAUGAUCUACUACCUAACCGAUAGCAUCACCACAUCGCAGCGUCUUUAUGCGGAAGCGUUAGCUUCGGAUGAGCUGAAGAAGGAGAUCGAUCGUAUACCGACCGUAGUACCGGCUGCCUGUGCCAAGUUCCGGUAUGAACUUUUCCUGCAGCUUGAUUGGAUACUGAAGGAUCACUUUACCAAUCUUGUACAGAGCAACCAUUUCGAGGAUGGUGGCCACUUUGCGGCCAUGCAGCUGCCGGAGGUUUUGUACAAAGAUGUAGUCACAUUUGUUGCCUCGCUUCAGAAGUAAGCAAGCAGUGGUGAGUGGUAGGUAGAGCAGCGAGAGCGAGGGAUAUAGGUGAUUUGUAUGUAAAAUAAAGUUCCCUCUUGUACUAAAGUGUA